ACGAAAUCGCCCCGUUAAUAUCUCGGUCCUGAGAUCGUUCCGUAGUCAGUCAUUCCGAGUUGUUCUUGUUGUUCGUUGAGCUUGUGACAAAUUAAAAAUAAUUUCUACUUAUAAUAAAAAGAGAUUGUAUAUAAAGAUUUUCGAUCUGGUGAGCUGUUUUUGUAUCAAGAAAAAUGAAGGGAGCUAAAGCUCUACUUUUAAUAGGCUUGUUAGUAGCCUAUGCUUCUGCGAAAGAAGAGAAGGCAAAGGAGGAUAUUGGAACCGUGAUUGGAAUUGAUUUGGGAACUACAUAUUCUUGCGUUGGAGUGUACAAAAAUGGAAGGGCAGAAAUAAUAGCCAAUGAUCAAGGAAAUAGAAUUACUCCUUCGUACGUGGCUUUUACUUCUGACGGCGAACGUUUGAUCGGAGAUGCUGCCAAAAAUCAGUUAACAACAAAUCCAGAAAAUACAGUUUUUGAUGCCAAAAGAUUGAUUGGUAGAGAAUGGUCAGAUCCUACGGUGCAACACGAUAUCAAGUUUUUUCCAUUCAAAGUUAUAGAAAAGAACAACAAACCGCACAUAAGGGUAGCGGUUAAUGGGGAGGAAAAAAUAUUUGCACCCGAAGAAAUCUCUGCUAUGGUUCUUGGUAAAAUGAAGGAAACCGCAGAGGCAUACUUGGGCAAAAAAGUUACUCAUGCUGUUGUUACUGUGCCAGCCUACUUUAAUGAUGCACAGAGACAAGCUACCAAAGAUGCAGGUACUAUUUCUGGACUUGUUGUUAUGAGAAUUAUUAAUGAGCCAACAGCUGCAGCAAUUGCUUAUGGUUUGGAUAAGAAAGACGGAGAAAAGAAUGUAUUGGUCUUUGAUCUGGGUGGUGGUACUUUUGAUGUCAGUUUGCUUACCAUCGAUAAUGGGGUGUUUGAAGUUGUGGCAACAAAUGGUGACACACACUUGGGUGGCGAAGACUUUGAUCAGCGUGUGAUGGACCACUUCAUUAAGCUUUAUAAGAAGAAAAAAGGCAAGGAUAUUCGCAAAGAUAGCAGAGCUUUACAGAAAUUGCGACGUGAAGUUGAAAAAGCCAAGAGGGCACUCAGUGUUAGCCACCAAGUGAGGAUUGAAAUCGAAUCAUUCUUCGAAGGCGAAGAUUUUUCGGAGACCUUGACGCGUGCGAAAUUCGAAGAACUGAAUAUGGAUCUUUUCCGUAGUACCUUGAAACCAGUACAGAAAGUUUUAGAGGAUUCCGAUAUGAACAAAAAAGAUGUAGACGAGAUAGUACUUGUUGGAGGAUCGACUAGGAUUCCAAAAGUUCAACAACUUGUUAAAGAAUUUUUCGGUGGUAAAGAACCAUCCCGAGGUAUUAAUCCAGAUGAAGCUGUCGCAUAUGGUGCUGCAGUACAAGCAGGUGUUCUUUCUGGUGAGCAAGACACGGACGCCAUUGUACUUCUUGAUGUCAACCCACUUACCAUGGGUAUCGAAACUGUUGGAGGUGUAAUGACUAAACUUAUUCCUAGAAAUACUGUCAUUCCGACGAAGAAGUCGCAAAUCUUCUCUACCGCGUCAGAUAACCAACAUACCGUUACGAUCCAAGUAUACGAAGGUGAACGUCCGAUGACAAAAGAUAACCAUCUUCUUGGUAAAUUUGAUCUUACCGGCAUUCCACCGGCACCCCGAGGAAUCCCGCAGAUUGAGGUCACCUUUGAAAUUGAUGCCAAUGGUAUUCUACAAGUGUCCGCUGAAGACAAAGGAACUGGAAACCGCGAGAAAAUUGUUAUUACCAAUGAUCAAAAUCGGCUUACUCCCGACGAUAUCGAAAGGAUGAUCAAGGAUGCUGAGAAAUUCGCGGACGACGACAAGAAAUUGAAAGAACGAGUAGAAGCACGUAACGAACUCGAAUCGUAUGCUUAUUCUCUGAAGAAUCAAUUAGCUGAUAAAGAGAAACUUGGAUCAAAAGUCACCGAUGCAGAUAAAACUAAGAUGGAAGAAGCUAUCGAAGAGAAGAUAAAAUGGCUCGAAGAUAAUCCGGAUACGGACCCAGAAGAAUAUAAAAAGCAAAAGAAAGAGCUUACCGAUAUUGUUCAGCCCAUUAUUGCCAAAUUAUAUCAAGGUGCUGGUGGUGGAGUUCCACCUCCUAGUGGGGACGAUGACGAUUUAAAGGACGAACUUUAACUAUAAGAAAAAAGCAGUACUUGUAUUCGUCCUAAUAUAGACUGAAUUAACAACAGGCUCAUGCAAUUGCUGCAGAGAUUAUUACGUCGUUGAUACGUCGACUAUACAAGACUGAUCGACGAACGUUCGUUUAUUCAUUAAGUUACAUACAUCAGAACUAAACAAUACACGGCUGUAAAGGUCGCUCUGUGUAUUGUUCCGUAGUGUGUAUUUGUCGCAUAAGGUAACAGUCAUCUUGAUCUUGAAAUGAAUUUUAUGAAAUGGAAAGAAUUUUACUACUGGAAGUAGCUUUUCCAAUUUCCAGAGAAGAUUCUGCGCGUUAAUUUAUUUUAAUUAAUUGUUUUAUAUGUUCCAUUACAAGUAAUCGAAUAAGCAGUUGUAUAAUUCGCGUUACAGAUUUUCAGGCGUGGGUGCGAAUCAGAAUGAUUGUUUGUGCAAGUGUGCUUGACUUGCGCCUAUUAUUAUAUCUGUAGAAAAACUAUAUCGUACUGUGUACAAUAUAGCUGUUCUGUGUGAAUGAACGUCAUAUGUAUCAGCAUCACGGAAAUAAACAUUUUUUCAGUAAAUUAUACAUACCGUUGAACGUCUUGUAUUAGAAUAAAAUAUUUCUGCUAAUUGCAA